CAUAGGCAAAAACCUCAACAAUCAGUUGUUCAAAACACACUCUCAAAGACUGCUCAACCAAAAGAUUCCACCUUUCACACUUGUUUCGUCUCUCCCUUCAUUCCCCAAUUCAAAAUCUUUCCCAUCUUGCAAAACCCUUAAAGAACAUGGAGAUUCAUUUCCAGCAGAAUGGUACCACAAAUGUUCCUUUGAUGAGCAAAACAAGCAAAGGCAGGGGAAGAAGCAGAGUCAUGAACUGCAACACCAGUAGCAAUAACAGCAGCAAGUUCGUUGGAGUUAGGCAGAGGCCAUCAGGGAGAUGGGUGGCUGAGAUAAAGGACACAACUAAGAAGAUCAGGAUGUGGCUAGGCACAUUCGAAACUGCUGAAGAAGCUGCAAGAGCUUACGACGAAGCUGCCACCCUUCUUCGUGGCUCGAAUACUCGUACUAACUUCAUCACUCAUGUCUCCUUUGACUCCCCACUCGCUUCCAGGAUUCGAAACCUGCUGGAAAAGAAGAAAUCCAAGAAGCUUCAGGCUCAAGAAAGUCCUCUUCUUGCUCAAUUACCUGCCACAACCAAACUCUUACCACCACUUCCACCACCACCACCACAAGUCCAUACUAGCAUUAGCCCUAGCUGCAGCACCAGCAGCAUAACAACAAGCAGCAGCUGCAGCAUAAGCGAUGACAAUUCGAGCUGUAGCGAGGUAGUGCUUCCUGAUACGAGGCUGUUUGAUGAUGUGUACAAGCCCGAUUUGAGCACCUGCAAUGGGGGAUUGCAGCUUGAUUUGACUUCUCCUCCUUCUGAUCUCAUGCCAUGGAGCUUUGGCCUUGAUAAUCACAAUGGAUAUGAUCAGAGUAGGUUUCAAUUUGCAGCUUCCAGUGAAAUUGAUCUGGAGUUCCCCAGGAACCAGAACUACAGCAGUACAACAACAACAACUGCAUUUGGGACAAGUGAUCAUGAGCAACUGCAAUUCUCCGAAUUCGAUCGGAUGAAAGUGGAAAGACAGAUCUCAGCCUCUUUAUAUGCAAUUAGUGGUGUUCAUGAGUACAUGGAAACCAUGAGAGACCCAAGUGAUGGUUUAUGGGAUCUCCCCCCAUUGUUCUGUUGAGUUUUCCCUUCAUUAUUCAUCUUCAAAAGCAACAAAAAAAAAGGCCAAACUUUCUGUUCUUUUUUCUCGUUCCAGAAUUGAGAGUGUGACCCCAAAGAGAGAGCUCUCUAAGAGAGACGGAGUUUGAAUCUCUUGUUUUUCUCCUCUCCUUCUUUAACUUGUCUUUUCUGCUGCUGUUUAUCUGGAAAUUGUGGACAGCAAAGAGCUACCUAAUGUGAGCACCAUGCUGCACAAUCUGGUGUUUAAUACAAAGUCCUUGUCCAAAUUGUAUGUUCUGAUUAAAUGGAAAUUCUAAGC